GCCGAGCCUCCCCGGCCCCGCGGAGCGGCUGCCGGAUGCCUCCGUUCCAGUGGUGCCACGGGUGCUCCUGCAGCCUGGGGCUGGUCUAUCCCGGUAAGCCCUGCACGAUGCCGCCCAUCACCUUCCAGGACCUGCCCCUGAACAUCUACAUGGUCAUUUUCGGCACCGGCAUCUUCGUCUUCGUGCUCAGCCUCAUCUUCUGCUGCUACUUCAUCAGCAAACUGCGGCACCAGGCGCAGAGCGAGCGCUUCGGGUACAAGGAGGUGGUUUUGAAGGGCGAUGCCCGCAGGCUGAACGUGCAUGGGCAGACCUGCGCCGUGUGCCUGGAGGAUUUCAGGGCGAAGGAGGAGCUGGGGGUGCUGCCGUGCCAGCACGCCUUCCACAGGAAGUGCCUGGUGAAGUGGCUGGAGGUGCGCUGCGUGUGCCCCAUGUGCAACAAGCCCAUGGCUGGUCCGGCACAGCCCCGCGCCGGCAUCGGGACCCUCCUGGACGAGCUGGUGUGAGCUGCAAACUUGGCCUCAUCCCGUG